AGUUUUGUCAGACUUAUGUGAAGCAAAUUUAAGUGCGUUAAUUAUAUGUUAGGGUCCGUUGGCUCCUACUGCUCGGUAUGGUAUACAACUCACUUGCAAAGACUUAGCGCCCUCACCAACUAUACCAACAUCUGGUCAGUGAUACGAAAACCAUUUUUUAUCAGUUCAUCAUUUAGAAAACUUUGAGUUGCAUUUUAGUUCAUGCUUUGAGACCAGGCGAUAUUAAACAUGUGGGAGCUAUGGGUGACAGUUUGACAGCCGCCAAUGGUGCUAAAGCAUUUUCAAUUAUUGGUUUAUUAAUCGAAUAUCGUGGUGUUGCGUGGUGUAUGGGUGGUGAUUCAAAUCUCGAGCAAGUAGUUACAUUACCAAAUAUUCUGCGAAAAUUCAAUUCAGCAUUAUUUGGUCACUCAAGUGGUACUGGAAAUCAAAAUUCGGAUAAUGCAGCCUUCAAUGUCGCCAAACCAGGUGCAGUAUCAAGAGAUAUGCCUGGACAAGCUAAUAUGUUAGUCGAACGUAUGAAGCGUGCUUUGGGAAGCAAGUUUGAUUCUGACUGGAAAUUAGUGACAUUUUUCAUUGGCGGAAAUGAUUUAUGUGACUUCUGCAAGGAUACGAAUGCUUAUAGUGCUACUAAUUAUCUUAAUAAUGUUCGAACAUCUCUUGAUUAUUUACACGCAAAUAUGCCUCGUACCUUGGUUAACUUUGUUACUGUAUUGAAUGUUGCUGAGUUAGAAGAUUUACACGAAGGUAUACAAUGUCAGACAAUGCAAAAUUUCUUGUGUGACUGUGCUGUGAAUAAAGAUCAACGUGAAAUUGUGCGUGCAGCAAACUUAGCUUACCAAGCAGCUACAAACCAAUUAAUUAAAUCAGGUCGAUAUGAUACGAGCAAUGAUUUUACAGUUGUUCGACAGCCAUUUAUGGAACAUAUGACAGUACCCACAACAGUAAGAAAUCUCGAACAACGACUAAUAAUUGAACAUAGCUUUUGUCAGUUAAUAAGGCGCACCAAAUUCGAACUUUAAGCACUAUUUUAUUUUGGGCUAUACUAUACAUGAUUCGAUAGAGCUCGAUGAGCUGAUCAAGGAUAUCUAGAUUUCGGUUUAAAAAGAUUGGGUUUUGAAGGAGACAUUUUCCAAAUACUGGAGGG